CGAGGAGACAUGCUGAGCCGGCUCCAGGAACUGCGCAAGGAGGAGGAGACGCUGCUGCGGCUGAAGGCGGCCCUACACGACCAACUGAACCGCCUCAAGGUUGAAGAGCUGGCCCUCCAGUCCAUGAUCAGUUCCAGAAGAGGGGAUGCAGUGCCGUCUUCUCAGCCAGCACCCGAACAGCCAUGUGAUAUGCUGGUGCAUGUAGACAAUGAAGCUUCCAUCAACCAAACUGCACUGGAACUGAGCACAAGGAGUCGUGUAGCAGAGGAAGAGGAGGAAGAGGAAGAGGAAUCAGAUUCAUAAAGGGAGAAAAGAGCCAGGCUUAGUGAUACAAGUUACAUUUCUAAAUCUCGGACUUCUCUUUUCCAAGAAAUCAUCUUGCCAUGGACUUCUCUAGCUGCUCAGCAGAUGUGUAGUUGCAAAAAUGGCUCCAUCCAUAACUCUGUCUUCAGAGUGCUGUGACAUAGAAAAUCAAAGGUAUGGUGUCACAGCACUGAGAGUACAUCAGUGUUAUGUCUGUAAGUUGGUUGGGUGCAGUAAUUGCACUCAAAGUCCUCUGAAACACUCUUGAGCAAGUCUGGCAUUUGCAAAAAGGGCAGAUGUUAAAUACAAGCCAGUCUUUCUGGUCUUUUAAGAAAACCAAUUCUGGGCUGUUUGCACGCCUGAGCCCUCGUGAACAGAGUCAGCCUCAGUCUAGGACAGAAGCUGACGAGGAGAGGACAGAGGCAACUUGAGAGCACAAGCCACUGCUGCCUCGGAGGCGUUCUACUCACUGCCCACUGCAGAGCACAUGGCUGGGGUGGUGCCUUGCUCAGACUUACCAGGUAUGUGUGCUUAACAAGAAAUUAUAGAUGAGAAGGGCAGGAAGGCUGAACACCCACCUCUGGCCCUGAGGGGGAGGUUGGGCACUUAUUACCGAGAAAUGACAGCUGCAGAGGCAGAGUUGCAGGAAGCGGGCAUUGGAGGUCGGGACCCAUUUCUGCAUGCUGCCCCUUUCCACUGAGUAUACAGUUAUAUAGUCGCUUUAUUUUACAACAUUGACUUCCUCUGCCCAACAACAAAAAGCCAAAUGGAACUUUCUCAAGCAGAAUUUAUGUAACUGUACCAGGAGAAAAACAUGGAUACGUUUUUUGUUAACCAGCAUUUCAUAAAAGUUAUUUUGAAAUUUCUUACAGGAAAUGAAAGUAUAAAUAAAACUGGAAGCUUAAAUAAACAUGUUCCUUGGAACACAACGUGAAGGCAGUUUUGGAACAAAAGCAUCAAGGUAUACACAUUUUAGGGGGUCUAAUGCAAAGUACAAGCAUGGGUUUAUUGUUACUUUAAUCUCAGGAUGGCUGACAGCAUGGGUUUUGAGAGCUGGAAAGGUUAACUGUGGACUCUGGCUCUGCCACUCAGUGGUCACGUUCCCAUCUGUAAAAUGGAUGUAUUCACAUCUGCU